AUGGCAACCGAGCAGACGCCUCUUCUCCCCCCCGGCGAUGCCUCGUCGUCCAGCAAUGGGCAGCGACGGAUGGCUGCGAGCUCCGUGGGCGAGCGUCUGCCGUACAACGACUACGCCACCAUCGACUGGCUGCGCGAUUUGGUCAGAGAUUCCUACCGCUACCGAUACAUCCAUUCGAGAAAGGGCCUCCGCUACGCCCUCGUCGCCGCUUUUGAUUCCUGCUCCGGCUGGAUUGCCGUCGCCGUCAUUGGCUCCAUCACUGCAUGCAUCGCCUUCGUCGUCGAUGUUGCUGAAGCCACUGUUUCCGAUUGGAAGCUGGGCUACUGCACCACAAACCCAUUCCUGAGCAGAGACGCCUGCUGUGCCCCUACGGACCAUGCCGGCGAUUGCCAUGCCUUCCGACCGUGGUCCGCCACGUACUGGUUCUCCUUUGCUAUCUAUGUCGUCGCCGCCCUGGCGUUUGGAGUCGUGUCGUCCAGCGCAACCAUGUUGACCAAGCGGUCUCUACCCGUUGUCGACCACAACACUUCGCUACGGCCUCUUCCCUCCGGUAAAACAAUCUACAUGGCUGCCGGUAGCGGUAUCCCCGAAAUCAAAACGAUCCUGUCUGGCUUUGUGAUCCCCAAUUUUCUGGACUUGAAGGUCUUGCUGGUCAAGGCUUUUGGCGCUACCUUUGCAGUAGCGACUGGCAUGUGUCUUGGGAAAGAAGGCCCCUUUGUGCACAUCUCAACAUGUGUUGGAUAUUUGGUUUGUCGUUGCUUUCCCAAGUACAGGGACAACGGUAGGAAGAUGCGUGAGAUGUUGUCUGCUGCCUGUGCUUCCGGACUGAGUGUUGCUUUCGGUGCACCCAUUGGGGGCGUAUUGUUCAGCUACGAAGAAAUCAGCACAUACUUUCCUCGGAAAGUCCUGUGGCGAGCCUUCUUAUGCUCGCUAUUCGCUUCAAUGAUUCUGAAAGCGCUGAACCCUAAUGGUACUGGAAAACUAGUCCUCUUCGAGACCAACUACGGCACCUCAUACGAAGCCAUACACUACCUAGUUUUCAUUGCCCUCGGAAUUGCGGGGGGCCUGUUUGGUGGUAUUUUCUGCAAGGCAAACUUCAAAUGGUCCAGGUGGUUCAGGCAAUUGCCACUCAUCAAAAGUUACCCCGUGUUCGAGGUCUUCCUCGUUGCUCUGGCCACGGCGCUUCUCCAGUUUCCAAACCCCCUGACGAGAGAUUCUGGCGAUGUUAUUGUCAGAAACCUUCUAGUCAGUUGUCGUGAUGCAGAGUCAUCGACGUCGUUUGUCUGCCGCAACGAGGCCAGGACGGACGGCAAAGGAGAUUAUAUUGCCUGGUUGAUUCAUGGCUCGGCAAUCAAGCUAAUUCUCACAAUAAUCACCUUCGGCACAAAAGUGCCGUCCGGCGUCAUCAUACCUGCCUUGGACGGAGGCGCCUUCUUCGGACGUUUGAUCGGACAGUGCAUGGCCUCGACAUCCCCGGGAAUCUUUGCCAUGGUUGGUGCAGCUGCGUUUCUUGCUGGCGUCAGUCGCAUGACCAUAUCUUUGUGCGUAAUCAUGUUCGAGCUGACUGGCGAGUUGGAGUACAUUGUUCCUCAUAUGAUUGCUAUUCUCGUUGCCAAGUGGAUAGCAGAUGCAAUUAGCAGCGAGGGCGUUUACGAUCUCGCUCAGACGAUUCUGGGCCAUCCUUUCCUCGACAACGACCACGCACUCAAGCUUGUUCAGGCGUAUGGGACGUCUCCAAAGUCGGCCGCAUCGCUCUCCCCCUCAUACAAUCGAGACGCCAAUCCGGCCCUUGUGGAAGUGCUGAUCCCCCCUGCACGAACGAUGGAGGAGAUCACCGUCGAGGUACCCUCAAGCAACACGGUACCCAGUAGCGUCCUCGAACGUAAGUUAGGUCAAUUACAUGACAGAGGGCUGAUGGAUGCGGGGCUGGUGCUCGUGCGGAACGGUAUGCUGCAGGGUUAUCUACCUGAGGCUGAGUUGGAACAUGGUAUGCGGGGUCUAGGAUUAACAUCAUCCGGAGACGCAGAAGUUCGACUUUUAGGGCCUAUAGUGGAGAGUCGUCAUGACGAGGAGGGAGUCGAUUGCAGCCGCGAGCAGAUCGGCGUCUUAGACCUUUCUGCAUUUGUUGACCGGACACCACUGACCCUAUGCUCGAAGGCGCCACUGGAAUAUGCUGUCGAGAUGUUCGGAAAACUGGGCUUGAGAUUCUUAUGCGUAACCGAAGAGGGAACUGGGAAGCUUCUUGGAGUGGUGAUCAAGAAGCGGCUUGUGGCAUAUUUGGAAACGCUGCACCCACAGGAAUGA